AUGACUGCAGACAGUUCUGUGCCGCAUCUGGGAGACUCACCAGAAAUAAAGAGGCAAAGAGUAUCACAAUCGCCAACAAGGACGCCAAGGAAGUUGGUUUUGGGCUCACCUGAAAAAAAAUAUGCCGUCUCUAAUUCACAGGCUACUACUGCCGCUUCUAAUACAAUGGAUCCACCGAGUCUGCAACCUCCUACGGCACAUGCUGUACGAGGGCGCGAAUACAGUCAGUCUCCGCCUAGGUCUCCUACGCGAUCACCUACUAGAUCUCCGACAAGAAAGCUUGAAUUGAUCAGACUUUCACCCAAAAAAAGUACACGACUUGAAUUACAAAAGAUGCACGAGGCCAAUACUCAGACCUCACAGCGAUUAUGCAUUGAUAAAUUGGUUUUGAAUAAUUUCAAGUCGUAUGCUGGUAUUCAAGAGAUUGGACCAUUCCACACAUCAUUUUCUGCAGUUGUUGGUCCUAAUGGAUCAGGAAAAUCUAAUGUUAUCGAUUCAAUGCUUUUUGUCUUCGGUUUUAGAGCCAAUAAAAUGAGGCAAGGGAAACUCUCCGAGUUAAUUCACAAAUCUGAGCAGUUCCCGAGUCUGGCAUCCUGUUCUGUCCAAAUUCAUUUUCAUUACGUUCAUGAUACAGAUAAUGGUGAAACCAAGAUUCUUCCAUCGGCUGGUACAAUGGUGGUUGAAAGAAGAGCAUUCAAAAACAACUCUUCAAAGUACUAUGUUAACGGGAAAGAGAGUAAUUAUACUGAAGUAACAAGACUUUUAAAAGAGGAAGGAAUUGAUUUGGACCAUAAAAGAUUCUUGAUUCUUCAAGGUGAAGUGGAAUCGAUUGCCCAGAUGAAGGCCAAGGCUGAAAAGGACAACGAUGAUGGACUUUUGGAAUAUUUGGAAGAUAUAAUUGGCACAGCUAAAUUCAAACCGCAAAUCGAGAAGUGUCUAGAAGAGAUAGAAACUUUGAAUGAGGUUUGCAUGGAGAAAGAAAAUAGGUUCGAAUUGGUAGAUAAAGAGAAGCAGAAUCUUGAAUCUGGCAAAGAAGAAGCACUGGAAUUUCUUGACAAAGAGAGAAAACAUACUAUAUUAAAGGCUCAACUACUUCAGCGCCAAAUUUAUGACAGUAACCGUAAAUUGGCAACGAGCUGUGAUAAAAUAUCUGCGUUGAACAUGGAAUUUCAAGAGGAAAAGAGUCAAUAUGAACAUUUACAAAAGGAAGCUGAAACCCUGACACAUGAAAUAAACAAUACCAAGAAAGAAAGCACCGCAUUAGAAACUGAAUCUAAAAACGUGAAUUCAAAAAAACGUUCUUUAGAAAAGGAUUUUAUUGCCACAGAUGAAAAACUUAAAAGUAUUGCAAGAAAAUUAAAGGCUGCGGAGAAGGCAUUCUCCCAAUCGGAAUCCAACGGUAAAGCAGCAGUCAAUGAAAUUGAGUCGUUAAAAAAGAAUCAUGAUGAUUGUGAAAUAGAACUUCACAAUCUCAAUCACUCUAUCAGUAUUGAGAAGGAAAAACUUAAUGAAAUCAAAAUUCAUUUGCAUGAAAAAACCAAAGAUCUAUCGCAGGAGAUGGAAUCCUUGGAAAGACAGUUAGAACCUUUUAGGGAUCAGAUACAGGAAAAACAAUCUGAAAUUAAACUUUCAGAAACAAAGAUCACAAUGUUGAAAUCCAGUCACAGUAAUUUGCUGAAAGAAAAAGCUACCAUUGAAAGUAAGAUAGAAGAUCUGCAACUUGAAGAGCUGAAACAGAAAGAGACAGAAACUUCUUUACGAAACGAAAAAUCCAAGGUCGAGGCCAGGAUAUCCACUGCUCAAAAGGAGUGUGAAGAAGCCCAAAAACAAACGAAUGAAAUGCGAGAUGUUUUGAUUCAACAACGACAGAUUGUUGAAGAAGCCAAAGCUAACCUCAAUGGGUUCCAAAACAAAAAUAGAGUCCUACUUGCUCUUACAAAAUUGCAGAAUUCAGGACGUAUAACCGGCUUUCACGGGAGGUUGGGAGAUUUAGGCACGAUUGAUGAUCAAUACGAUAUUGCUAUAUCAACCGCUUGUCCCAGGUUAGACGAUAUAGUUGUAGAAACUGUGGAAUGCGGGCAGCAAUGUAUAGAUCACUUGAGGAAAAAUAAGUUAGGGUAUGGGCGUUUCAUUCUCUUGGAUAAAUUACGUAAAUGCAAUUUGGACAGAAUAGCCACUCCUGAAAAUGUACCUAGGCUUUUUGAUCUUAUAACCCCUGUCCGUGAUUUAUUCCGACCUGCAUUCUACUCAGUUCUCAGAGAUACGUUAGUUGCCAGGGAUUUACAGCAAGCUAAUCGAGUAGCCUACGGGAAAAGAAGGUUCAGAGUGGUCACGUUGGAUGGGAAAUUAAUCGAUAUUUCCGGUACAAUGUCAGGAGGGGGUUCUUCUCCCCAAAGUGGCUUAAUGAGAUCAAAAGCUACUACGGCAAGUCAAUAUUCUCGCGAUGAAGUGGAGAAAAUGGAAGUACAACUUUCAACCAAAGAAACUAAUUAUAGGUCAGCUCUAUCGAUGGUCCAUGAGAUGGAAUCUGCAUUACAAAAGUUAACAGAUCGUCUUCCGGAGAUUGAUAUUCAGAUUUCCAAAAUACAACUUGAGAAAGGAUCUCGGGUCGCUGAGGUGGAAUCCUAUCACCAACGACUAUCACAGCUUGCUAGGGAACUUUCUAUGAACGAGAAGAAUCAACAGCCACUGUUGGAUGAAGAGAAGAAACUAGAUAUUUUGAGACAACAUUUGCAGCAAACAAUUGAUGCUUCAAAGUUUAGCCAAGAUAAGAUUGAUGAUCUCAAGGAUAGAAUCAUGCAGAAAGGAGGAAUUGAGCUCAAGAUGCAAAUCGCAAAAGUUGCCUCACUUGAACAACACAUUGAAAUUUUACAUGAAAAGCAGAAAAAGGAGAAGACCAGAAGUAAGAAGCUUGACAUUGAUCUGGCUAGAGCGACUAGGGAAAAGAACAAAUAUUCGGAAGAAGUUCUAGUCUGUAAUAAGGAUAUUUCAAUACUUUCCGAACAAUUGGAAUCAAUUCGACUGGAAAAGGAAAGAAUUGAAGAACAAGUAAUCGAAAACAAUGAAAGAAAAGCAGAGUUGAACUCUAGCGUGGAGAAAUUGAAACAAGAGCUUCUUUCUAUUGAAAGAGAUUCCAAUGAGUUUAAAGCAAAAGAAUUAGAGUACUCAGAUAGAUUAGAGAAGUUGCAUGGGCUACAAGAGUAUGUUAAAAAACAGCUGAGAAGUUAUGAAACCUCACUACAAAGUCUUAAAAUCAGAGACGUUUCCAAACUUUUAAGUCAAUUGAAUGACGGAAUAAUUGAGUCAUGCACAGAUGUAACUGCUAAGGUAAUGAAUGGUGACAUAGUUCAAACGCAGUCUAUCACAGAUGUCGGAAAUAAUGACGCUAUGGAAGAUUCUGGUGAAGCUGCAACCCACAGCGGGUUACCAAGUUUGACGGAAACCGAGUUGGAAAAUCUCGAUUUAGAAACUCUAGAACUUGAACUUCAUCAAUUACAAGACUACUUGGAUAACUUUAACGGAGAUAUAGAAGUACUAGAGGAAUACGCACGCAGGCUUGCAGAAUACCAACGUCGAAAACUAGACUUAAAUCAAGCAGUUGCCAAAAGGGAAGAAGUAAGAAAUAAGUGUGAAAGUUUCAAGAAUGAGAGACUAGAGAAAUUUAUGGAAGGUUUCGGCAUCAUAUCUAUGACUCUAAAGGAAAUGUAUCAGAUGAUUACCAUGGGUGGCAAUGCAGAGCUAGAACUUGUUGAUAGUCUUGAUCCCUUUUCGGAGGGUGUAUUAUUCAGCGUCAUGCCACCUAAAAAAUCUUGGAGAAAUAUCUCCAAUUUAUCGGGUGGUGAGAAAACUUUGAGCUCUCUAGCAUUGGUAUUUGCUCUUCAUAAGUACAAGCCUACACCCUUGUAUGUUAUGGAUGAAAUAGAUGCUGCCUUAGAUUUUCGGAAUGUCUCGAUUGUGGCUAAUUACAUCAAAGAACGAACAAAAAAUGCUCAAUUUAUUGUUAUCUCACUAAGAAAUAACAUGUUUGAGUUAGCUCAAAAUUUAGUGGGAAUAUAUAAAAACAACAAUAUGACUAAAAGUACAACCCUACAGAAUAUUGAUAUUUUACAUAGUUCCUAA